AAUAAAAUCCGAAGUGUGAAAUCGUUAAAAAUGUGGUUCUUGAUUAUUUGUUUGGUAAUAACAUUGUUCGUCAAGAUAAUAAUUGACCAAAAGCAGUCAGGAAAUUCUCCACCAGGUCCACCAGGAUUACCAAUAAUCGGAAAUAUAUUGGACAUUAAACGUUUAAUGAAGAAAACUAAAUUCCAAGCUCAUGUUUGGUGUUAUUUGGCAAAAAUGUACGGACCGAUAGUGCAUUUACGACUUGGAUUCGGUUAUACGUUUAUAAUUAUUUCUGGACGGGAAGCUGUCAUCGAGAUGCUCAGUCGAGCAGAAUUUGAUGGCAGACCAAAUAACUUAGAAAUUCAAUUGAGAACCGGAGGUGAACCCAGAGGAUUAAUCUUUACGGAUGGAAAACGUUGGUCAGAGCAUAGAAGAUUUACAAUAAAAACCUUGAAACGUCUUGGUUUCGAUAAAACAAACAUGGAAGAUAUGAUACUGGAGGAUACUGUCACUUUGUUAAAAAUAAUCGAAGAAUUAGCAGAAAAAGGACCAAUAACAAAUAUAUACGAUCUCGUUUCGAUCGCCGUUAUAGCCAGCUUUUGGUUUCUUGUUACAGGAUCGAAAUUUCAAUUGGAUCAAAAAGAUCCCAAAUUGAUGGAAGCUAUUGCGAUAUCAAACGAAAAUGCAAAACGUUCCACUACGAUCGGUGGUAUAAUAAAUCAACUGCCUUUUCUCAGAUAUAUUUUACCGCGUUUAACGGGAUAUACACAGUUGCAAGAGCGGCAAAAUCGACUGUGGCUAUACUUCAAAAAAAUAAUAAUGGAACACAAAGAGACUGAAAUGCAGAAUGAACCAACGAACUUAAUCGACAUUUAUCUAAAAGAGAUGCAAACACGAUGCUCCAAUUUAUCUUCAUCAUCGGAAUUCAACGAUGAAAAUUUAAUCGCACUUAUCAGAGAUCUUUUCAUUGCCUCAAUCGAGACGACCACCAGUACCACUGGUUUCGUGUUCGCAUAUCUUUCCGUAAAUCAAUAUAUACAAAAAAAGAUACAUGAUGAAUUGGAUGAAGUUCUCGGCAAGGAUAUUUCACCUCGUCUCGUACAUAAAAACCGACUUCCAUAUCUACAAGCAACUCUGGCGGAAGUAGCGAGAAUGGGGAACGUAGCAGCAACUUCAGUGCCUCAUCGAGCUAUGAACGAUACAAGUUUGUUAGGAUACAAUAUAAAAAAGAAUUCCAUUUUGUUAGCGAAUUUAAUGAGCGUUCAUAUGGAUGAGAAUCACUGGGGCGAUCCCAAAACGUUUCGUCCUGAAAGAUUCAUCAACGAAAAAGGAGAAUAUUACGACGAUCCUUGGCUAAUGUCAUUUGGAUUAGGUCACAGAAGAUGUCCAGGUGAGAUUCUGGCGAAAAAUUUUCUCUUCUUGAUAAUCGCUUGCAUGCUGCAAAGAUUCCAUUUCGCCAUAGCACCAGGAUAUCCGGAACCAAAUUUAUUAGGUAUCGAUGGCUUUACUAUCUCACCACCACCAAUAAAUCUCCUAAUUACGAAACGAAUAUAA